AUGACUCACCACUUGGAGUUGCUACUCUUUUUAGUGGUUUUAGUGUCACUUAGCUUAGCUUCCGAAAGCUCAGCAAACUAUCAAUACUCAUCUCCCCCACCACCAAAGAAGCCAUACCACCCUUCACCAACACCUUAUCAUCCCGCACCAGUUUACAAAUCACCACCACCACCAACUCCAGUUUACAAGUCACCACCACCACCCAAGGAGCCAUACUAUCCUCCACACACACCAGUUUACAAGUCUCCACCUCUCCCAACUCCGGUUUACAAGUCACCACCACCACCGGUGAAGCCAUACCAUCCUGCACCAGUUUAUAAGUCACCACCACCUCCAACACAUGUUUACAAGUCACCACCACCACCAGUGAAGACAUACCAUCCUGCACCAGUAUACAAGUCUCCACCACCCUCAACUCCCAUUUACAAAUCACCACCACCAGUGAAGCCAUACCAUCCUGCACCAGUAUACAAGUCUCCACCACCCUCAACUCCCAUUUACAAAUCACCACCACCAGUGAAGCCAUACCAUCCUGCACCAGUAUACAAGUCUCCACCACCCCCAACUCCCGUUUACAAUUCCCCACCACCACCAGUGAAGCCAUAUCAUCCUUCACCAACACCACACCAUCCUACACCAGUAUACAAAUCUCCACCACCCCACUAUAUUUACUCCUCUCCCCCUCCUCCCCACCAUUACUAGAAGUGACUUCAUUAUCUAUGAGGAAAAGCAAAUGUUGAGCUGAAAGGAAGGCAUUUUCUAUUUUCUAUAGGCAAUGAUAAAAGAAGAAAAUUAAAUUAUAGUAAACAAUAAGCCCCACAGAAGGCGAAGUUCUUUUGUAGCUUCAUGUUAUCUAAGUUAGUGAUAUUGUUUUUGUACUCUAUUUUUAUAUUUUACUAAUUUUAUGUAUUUCUGUAUGUUUGUUCGAUCUUCUUGCUAAAUGCGGAGAUUAUGAGAUGAAUAAAAUAAGUUAUUACUA